AGGUGGCAACUUUUGGCAAAGAAUGCCGCAUUUUUUACGUAAAACUUAUUUGCCGUAAAUGCAACAAGUUCCCAUGCUGUACUACUCGACAACUUGAAUCUUUGGACCAGAAAAACUUACUAUAUAAAGAAGCAGGAUCACCAGCAGGAGCAUGAUCUACACCACCACGCUGCUGUCCUCGCGAGGCGGCCUCAUCGGCUCGCUGAUCAACAAAGUCAGGCAAGUUGUAGCCAAAGAUUGGCCACCCAGUGAUCCAUCUCGUGCCAAUGACACCGACCACAGACCCCUCACACCCCCUAGGCCCCUAGCCGCCGCCAGCAUCAGUAACAGUCCAGUGGUCCAGUCGAAAACGCUGGAGGAGCAGGUGGGCCUGCCACCGCGUCCCAAGAAACCGCUGACCCCCUACUUCCGUUUCAUGCGCGAGCAGCGGCCCAAGCUGGUAGCCGCCAAUCCCAAGAUCACCACCAUCGAGGUUGUGCGUCAGUUAUCCAAGGACUGGUCUGACGCUGAUGUCCAGUUGAAGGAUCGCCUGCAGGCCGCGUUCAAGAAGGACCAGCAGAUCUACAUGGAGCAGCGCACCAAGUACGAUGCAACCCUCACGGACGAACAGCGAGCGGAGAUCAAGCAGCUCAAGCAGGACGUCGUGGACGCCAAGGAGCGGCGACAGCUGCGCAAGCGCGUCAAGGAACUCGGGCGGCCCAAGAAGCCGGCUUCCGCCUUCCUGCGUUUCAUCGCCAGCGAGCGCACCAAUACCCCGCAAGAUCCCAAGCAAACCUACCGCGAAUGGCACCAAAAGACCACGGCCAAGUGGACCCGCCUUCCCGACUCCGAGAAGGAGGUCUAUAUGCAGGAGUCGCGCAAGGAGAUGGAGUUAUACAAAAAAGCGAUUACUGUUUGGGAGGAGAAAAUGAUCCGUCUUGGCCACAUCGACGUGGUGCGUCACGGCAAUCUGAUCGACCCGCCAGAGCCAAAAACUCGCAAAACGCAGGCCGCCAAAGAGAAAUAGUGCUAGCUGCUUGACCCGCCUUCCGCCAUCACAAAUUUCAUAGAUCACACUUCAUUCUGUUUAUUCGUUUUUCUUCUUUCAUCGAAAAUUGUUAGGGUUAAGGCAUUAAAAAUUAAAUGCUAGCCCGCAUAAGUUUAACUUAGAAUUCUUUGUUCCUGCUGUUAGUUUUACGAAUGGUACAUUUAGUAAUUUUUCUGAACUAUGUAAAUAGUUUCAGCAUUAAAUACAGAGUUUUUGACAAAA